AUGGCGCCCGCCCCGAACUCACCAACCAGCAUCCACGAGGCAGCAGACUGCCAGCCCCGAUCGGGAGAUUGUGAACAACUGCUCUACCACCGAGGGGACCUCAAAGCCUACAUAGCCAGGAUGAUCUCCAAAAGCACACAGGAGUUCACGGCCGAAGUGUGGGGAUGGGACAACGCACGGCACCUCUCGAAGAGCGGGUGGAGACGCUGGCAGAUGCACAUAAUACACUGGCUGACUGCACCACAGACCUGCGUAGAUGGGUCAAGACCUGGAGGAAGUCGUGGAGGACCUCUCCAACCAAUCCCACCACUACAACCUGUGCCUGCAAGGGAUCCCAGAGGAGGUGGGGAAGGACAGCCUACAAAAGCUUGUGCUGGGCCUACUUUGCCCACUGGCCCUAUAAUAUACAGGACAGACGCUGGGAGUUGGACAGCAUCCACAGGGCCUUGCGCUAUUGACGCCUGGAUGAAGAAAAUCCCAGGGACGUCUUUAUGUGCACUACUACUACUACUACUUCACCACAAAGGCGGCAGUCCUUGGGGGGCGACUCGACCCGGACUCCCGUGGUCACAUGGACUGGGGGGACAAGACAAGCUCCUCCACAAUUAUUAUCAAUAA